AUGCAUAUCCAACAACACCACAUUGGACCCAUGUCAGGCACCUUGUCCAAGGUUGAUGACCUUGAAGCAACCAAUAGUCCAUCUGGCUCACUGGCGGAUGUUCACACCAGGCCCAGACAACGUUUCCGACGCCUCCGGCCAAACACUGGAAGUUGUCGUAACGUGGAAACCACAACUGUUCCAAAACGGCAGUAUGAGCCGCACUGUCGUGUAUGCCCUGCCCUGGACAGACAAAAUGAAGCUACGCCAAAUGACAGUCUUUCGUUCAGAAAAAUUCGGAAGCGCACCAGAUUUAGCCAGAAUGGAAGCCUGAAUUUCCAGAAUGGAGGACGAUGCAGUCAAGCCCACCUGGUACAGUUGCAGUGUCGUACAACUAGGGUAGAGGAGAACCGACUGGGUUGCGCCUAUAGAGCGAUCGAUGCACAUGGCAACAUUCGGCGUCACUCGACACACUGA